AUGCGCGCUCAGACCCGGUGCCGGGCUGUGUCACACUCCGGGCCGCACAAACCCCCCGGUGGCCGCCACCACCGAGCCUCGCUCGUCUCCAGCGGGUACAGCCCCGGCACCCACGGGGCCGCCUGGGCCAGCGCCCCCCGGGGAUGCCCCGGUGCUGCGGGGCCGGGCCGGGAGGGGCAGGGCCCGGCCAAGAGCCCCACCAAGCGGCGGCAGGUCCUGCUGCAGCCCCCGCGGCGGGCGGGAGUGAAGACCUCGGCUCCCGGCCCCGGGGGCGCAAGAGAUGGGCACAUCCUGAAGGAUGUGACUGAAAACAGCCCGGGUGAGUCGCGCUCCCGUGAAAGGCCUGUUCCUGCGACCCGCUCGGGCAUCAAAACGCGAGCCCCAAGGUCUGAGUUUCCCUUUGCUUUUGUCCUGCAGUCCCACCCGCUGUCCCUGUGCAACACCAGCGAGGAUGAACACACCGAGUCGGGGUUCAUCACCAUUGUCAAGCUCGAACAGCCGGAUCGGGACCCCAACCCCUGCCUCUCACUGGCCAACAAGGCAAAGCUGGCAGGGGAGCGUGGAGCCCGAGCGAUCCUUUUUGACAUCACUGAUGAUGAAAGCGCUGCUGAUCAGCUGAGAAAGCCCAGAGGUCUGAGUCAGCCUGUGGUUCUGAUCAGAGGCCACGACGCUGAGCUUCUCAUGGGCGUUGUGAACAAGAACAGAGAGGCCCAUGUGAAGAUAGAGGUCAAAGAACCACCAGCCUGGCCAGACUACGACGUGUGGAUUCUUCUCACAGUGGUCAGCACUGUGGUCGUCAUCAUUUUGAUUUUUGUUGUCCGCACAAAGUGCCAGCUGAACAGGACUCAGGACUCCGUGCAGCAGCAGACCAUGCAGGCCAUCGGGCAGCUGGCCACACGCAAGUACCAGGCCAGGGGCCGGCCGGCGUCACGGUGGGACUCGGCCAGCAGCUGCAGCUCGGCCCCGGUCUGCGCCAUCUGCCUGGAGGAGUUCAGCGAGGGCCAGGAACUGCGAAUCAUCUCAUGCUCCCAUGAGUUUCACCGGGAAUGUGUUGACCCCUGGCUCCAGCAGCACCACACGUGUCCGCUUUGCAUGUUCAAUAUUCUUGCCAGAGAUUCAGGGGACCAGACCAUGGCCGCUGGCUCCAGGCUGGCCCCUCGGGACAUGGAGCCUGGACGGCGUCUCCACCUUUUCCGCCAGCACCCAGGACAUGCCCUUUACCACCUCCCACAUGCGUAUCCUCAGAGGAACUUCAGGAGCUUUCCCCCGGACCCAGCCCAUGGCAACCCCUUCUUCCACUCUCCAGAGCUCUCCCAGCUGGAUUUUGGCACCAUCCACUACAUGCCCUACAGGCCAGCCACCUCCCUGCUCGCCUGCGGCCACCCUUCCCCCCUUGCUGCGGGCUUACUGGGCCAGCAGCAUCCCAACCCCUCAGCAUGUGGGCAGACGCUGCCAUCCCACAGGACUUGUUCUCUGGAGCCCCAGCCCCCCUGCCUGGGGCCGAAGGCAGCCCUGGCCCAGAAGCAGCACCGUGCGCCUGCCCUGCGCCGGGGGGGCGGCCACGGGCACCAGCACAACAGCAGCGGCUCUGGGGAGAGCUAUCUCACCGAGCACAGCGGGUACCUGGCAGACGGGCCGGGCAGCGACUCCAGCUCGGGGCCCUGCCACGGCUCCUCCAGUGACUCCAUGUUGAACUGCACAGACGUCAGUCUGCAGGGCAUCCACGGCAGCUGCUCCACCUUCCGCAGCUCCCUCAGCAGCGACUACGACCCCUUUGUGUACUGCAGCUCAGAGGGACCCGCCACGGACAAUGGCCAGGAGCAGCCACGGCCGCCAAGGGAGUUACGGCCCAGGUCCUUGGACCUGAUGGUGCCUGAAGGUGCUGCUUCAGCCAAGCCCCAGGUGCUCAGCCACGUCCACUAUCACCACCACCAGCACCACCACUACAGGAGAGACACGGAGUGUCCAUCUGGGCGGGCUGGGCACGGGCCUGGGCAGCGCAAAUCCCGGUACUCUGGGGCCAAGGCUGGCUUCCACGGUGCUCGGACACAAAAGAGGACUGAGAAAAGCCAUCACUCUCAUCAGCCUCUGGAAAGCAGCACUGUGCCACCAGAGGCAGCUCCGGUAGGACAGCCAGCCUGUCCCCAGCAAGGCCGGGAGCCCCCUCAUGUCCCCUCCACUUCUCCAAACAGGUUGGACUUCAGUGUAGAUGCCAACAGACAGUUGGGAGCAGCCGGCACAUCCCCUGUCCCGCUGCCCCCGAGACACAGCUUACAGAGCCGUCAUCACCGAAGGAAAAGAAAGUGUCCCCUCGAGCCCGACCCCGCUCUCCUGCCUGAGGACUCAGCCUUGCCCAAAGCCUACGAUGCUCACGUUCCUCACGGCCAUCCUGCUGGCUACCGCUGCUUGCCCGAAGUCCAGCCCCUGAUCCCAAGCCCUCCCCUGCCCUCUGGCUCUGGCUCUCGGCCGCUCUGGAAGUGUUUAGUGCCACAGUCCGGCUCAGAGCUGAAAAAGCAGGAGGAGGGGUUGUCAGGACGGGAGGGAAACCGCACAGUUCCUGCUGAUUUCUCAGGGACGGGCACCCCCAGACACAGUCUGAGUCUUCACCUUCACUGCCCGGCUCAGCAGGGCGGUCAGGGAUCUGAAGAGGAGGUCCAAGAUGUCCAUGAACACUCAGUUUAAUAAAAUGCUGGCCUGUUUGCUUACUGGAGAGGUGGAGUGGACAUGGAUGUUCAGCGUACCAGCCACAGAGGAGCUGACACCUUGCUCUCUGCACAGGCAAUGUGGGAUGACCAGCCCUGCCCUGCACAGCCCAAGCCAAGAUGCACACUGCAAAUAAGCAAUGUGACACUUGUGGUCUCCUCACACGUUCCCACGUUGCGAUGGUGAUACAAACACAGAGCCAUGUUCUCCAAGUCCCCUUCUCCUUUGAAGGCACAGGCAGCCCAUCUUCAUCCCGUGGCAUCUGUCUGUGUGGGCUGGCUUACUCAGAGGCCGGUCCUGGGAGUCACCAGCUGGAGAGCUCGCGGAGUGAGUGCAAGCUGCUAUUUUGGCAUGUUCAUGCCACAGAAGGUUAUGCUAAACACUUCAGAAAUAAACAAGCCUUCGAGACCAAAAGCUGCAGAAAUUACUUUCUGUGGCCUGGUAGCUCCUGACUUCAUUUCCUCACUUAGGUCAAAAGCCAGACUUCUUCAUUUAACUUUUCCAUUCUUAAUUCAGACACAGGAACAAGCUAUUCUCCAUCUCACCACUCACAGGUCUGCUCUGCAAGUGCUUCUUCUGACUUCCUUGGAAACCAACAGCUCUCACCACUUUUGAUCACUUCAUGAUGCCAUCUCAGCCAUUUGCUGCAUUUUGCCAGCAGCAGCAGGAGAGCUGAAGACACGGGGACAAUGUCAGCAUUUCUGGGAGGGAGCUGGGUCAGACUCUUUCCAUUGCAAAGAAUCCACCCUCUCAUCUGGCAACGUGAACAAAUCUCUCACUCAUCCUCUAACUCCUCCACCUACCCUCAAAAUAGGUGUGGUGGCCAGCCCUCUUAAAAGCCAACCAUUUGUUGAGCAUAUUUCAGACCUGAGAUGCCCCUGUCACAGGAGUCAUGGAAAACCCUUGUUUUCACAUAGCUCCUGCUUCUCUCCUUCCUCCCUCAUUGCCCCAAGACAGAGCAAAAAUUCCCAGCAAAAGCACCCAUAACAAAUGCAGAGCAGAGCCCCCAUCCAUCACCCAGCCUUAUUUUCCUGAGACACCUGAAAUGAUCCUGCAAAGGAAUUUUUCAAAAUACCCUUCUGCCUUUAACAGUUUGAUGAUGGACAGAGAAAAGUUGAGAAACUGCUAGGCUCUCGGUUUAUUACUUCUUUUUCCCCCCUCCCAUCUGCAGGCUCUUUUUUGGAAUGCCAUUAGUUCUUAUUUCCUAUAUCUCAUAAUUUGGGGACAUUCAAGUAAAAUAAAACCUUCUAAAUUCAAAGUAUAUAGAAUCCAAACAGUUUCCAUACAGCAGGAAAUUAGACUGUCAAGUCCAUUGCUCUAAAUGAUUGUUCAGGCCAGAGAAUUAGCCAGAUUCCCACGUGAAGUGAAUAUGGCACCAGGCAUUUCCAGAGCUGGUGCCAACAAAGCAGGGGUGAGGCUACAGCACUGGAGCUGAAGGUAACUCCUGACAAUUUGAAUCUCGCUGUAGGGACAGACUUUCCCAAUCUGCUCAGUGCUCACUAAGCUUUCUGCGUCCUCCUUUGAAGCAGAAGCUUCUUCUCCAGUUCAGGAGAAUGCACUGGUUCCGUAGUCCCAGUUCAGGAUAAUCCUGCCUCUGCCUUCCUUUGUCCAUGAGGAAAGCUUUUUAUGGGGUUUGCUGCCCUUCAUCUUUCAAAAAGGCGUCUUUGUUCCAGCUGCUGAUCAGUCACUCACAUUCAAGUGAUGGUAUUAAAAAUCAGCCAGUAGCACUGUUUUAAAGCAAAAUGUUAUUCCCUUGCCAGUGUUCAUUUCUUGUCUCCUGUGACCAAGCCACUGCAGGACGUUUCAGUCUAGAGAAAAGCUGAAUUUCUUUCAUCAAAGAACACAGCAGAAUUCUAUUUUAACCUUUCCAGGCUCUUCUGGCUUGUCCUACAGAGCAAGCAGAAGACACAAGCUCAGACAUUUUUUCCCUUGCAGGGAAGUCAGUCUUAAACUAGAGGAAGAAAACCCAGGAGAGGGUCUAGAUUCCCCCUGUUCAACUUCUUGUGUGCAUUGUCCAAGGCUUGAUUCAACCAGCUCCCUAUGUCCUUGACCAUCCUGGAGGGCUCAGGUGACUUUACAGAGGGGAGAGUCAUAAGGUCUGGGUACUCCCACUGGUUUCUUUAGGAAUCAAGAAGGCUGAGAGCCUCCACGGAUGCAUUUCAUUGCCUCACAGGAACAAGUGUCUAGUUUGCAGUCUAAAAGUCCUCCUCUCUUUACCUCCUUACCCUUAAAAAAAUAGGAGGGCUCUGAAUCUGCGGCAAGCCCCAAGCUUCUUGGAGAAAAUGGUGAGCACUAACGCACCCUUUCCACUCCCUACUGCAGUAUUACCAGGCUGCACAGGGCAAUGGCUACUUUAAAGUGUUUUCCUUUCCUGAUAUUAUGCUGCUGCUCGUUUUCCACUAGAAAACAGCCAUCCUGGCCGCUGGGCUCCCUCCCCGGGGCCUGCUGAGUUGAAUGAGGGUGUGCAGGUCUGCCUCGGUGGAUUCUCAGGUAGGAGGAGAGGGAGGAACUCCCCAGGAAGGCGAUCUUUUAAGAUCCUCUUUAGUAGAUGGACUACCAUCCUUGGCAGCCCGGAAGGGAAGAAAUGAGAAAAAUGGGGAAUGGUCCUCUCAAUUCUUGCAUCUCUUGGUCCUGGGUGAUGCCUCUGAGCACAAAGUACUCCUGGGUUCCGUCACCAGAUUUCUUCAGCAUCACUGCAAUGAAGCAGAGCUCUUUUUCUUCCGUCAUCUCCACAGUCCCAGCUGAAAAGUGAUGGAAGCCAGAGCAUCCCAAACUCCCUCUCUCCGAAACGGAAGCCCCAGCCCUUUUCACCAGGCUGGCUGGACCUCUUCCCCUCCCACACAGAACCUCUCCUCUCCUUUGAUAAUGUUCAGAUCCUUUUGAAAUGUGAAUAUAGGCUUGGUUUUUUGUUGUUGGUUUUUGUUUUGAUUUGGGUUUUGUUUUGUUUUGGUUUUUUUUGGCCAAGUCUCUCCUGGCUCUUAGGGCUUGGGAAUAAAUUACGACCCACCAAAAAAAAAAAAAAAAGGAAAAAAAAAGAAAAAAAGGGGAAGAAUACAUUUUAUAUAUAUGCAAAACUGUGUAUUUAUGUCCGAUAGAAACAAAAGAUGUGUGAAUAUG